GGCCGCGAAUGGAGCGCGUGAGGUCGAGCGAUGAGACGAGGCUUCGCCACUCGCCUUCGAAUCCGGACUUCCGGUGGCUGCACUUCCUUCUCGUUCCUCUCGCCCUCCUCCCUCUUCCGCUUCCCCGCGAUCAAGACAUCGACUUCGACAGGCCAGGAGAGAAAGGAGUGAUUUUUGGUAACCUAGUUCCUCUCCCCUUCCCCUUAUUCUGUAUAUCGUCUUUCCUCGAGUUAAAUCCUCACCUUCUUGCAUCUUCUCCCUCCUUCCUAUAACUUAAUACGCAAUGGCCUGCUCUUGAGCCGGAAAGUUCCUUAGAUACGUUGCUUGAGCAAUAUUUGUGCGUGAGCAACAAUGGCAUUUGGGAAGAGCUCCUUAAUGGAUUCUAGGAGGUCAUCGUCAUCAUCGUCGCAUUGGUCAAUGAUGACCCCCGUCUUGUUCAUUGCUCUUUGCUUGAUUGGUGUUUGGAUGAUGACUUCAACUACUAUAGUUCCUGUUGACGAGUCCUUGGGAAACAAAUCGGAGAUGAAGCAACAGGUACCCGAGAGCGAUACCAAGACGUACGAAGACAGCUCAGGAGAUGUUCCUGAUGAAGGAGGGAGAAGAGAUGCCGACGGGAACACGGAGGAUGCGACAACUGAAUUGAAAUCUGAGUCAUCAGAAGAGCAGAGCAUGAUUGACAAAACUGAUGAAAACUCAACAGGAAAAGUUCAGAAUGAUGAUCUUGGCAAGGAUGAUGAGGGGAAGAAGGAUGAAAAUCCAAAUCAGACUUCAUAUAAUGAUGAGAUUGGGAAUGCAGAGGGUGAAGAAACCAUCAAAGAAGGCAGCCAAGGGACUAAUGGUGGAGACAUGAACACAGUAGAGGCUGCACAAGAAAUUACAGGUAGUGAUCUAGGGAGUAAAUCUGCCCAAUUGACAUUCAGUGAUGAAAAUGGAAAAAUGGAGGGUGGAGAAAUGGCCAAAGAUAACGCAGAAAUAAAAGUAAAUAGUCAGGAGAAUGGGCAAGAGAAGAGCAAGGAACAGAGUUCUCAAGAAACCACAAUCAGUGAUCAGGAAAAGACUGCAGCACUGCAUUCUACAAACCAAGAUAAAAGCUCAGAGAAUAGUUCAGAUGAUGAAAACAAUGGAGAUGGGGAAACAAAUGAUGGGGAAAUGAUCAAUGAACCUAUCGAAACACAAGAGAGUGGUCAAGAGAGAGACCAAGAGAAAAGGUCAGAAGAGAAUUAUCAAGGAUCUAGAGAGAGUAAUGAGGAAACGAAAAUAGACCAAAAGCUUAAUGAAGUGUCAGGAAAUGGGAGAGGUACUAAUUCAGAGCAAAUUUCAGAUGAAAGCAAAGGAGAUGAGCAAGCAGGGCAGUAUUUUAAUGACAAAACAGAUAAUGCGCAAAAUAAGAGCAUCGAGCAGAAUGGUGAAAUGUUCUUCGAUGGAAAGGACCAAAUACAAGUAACUGAAAAGGGCAAACAAAAGCCUAAUGGGACCACCUCAGUACAGCAAAACAAAGAUCACCUUUAUGAUGAGAUGUUGUUGUCUAAUGGAGCUCAGUCAGAGCUACUAAAUGAGAGCAAUAGCCAGAAUGGAGCAUGGUCUACACAAGUGGCAGAGUCAAAGACUGAGGAGCAAUUGCAAGCAGGAUUGAAAGAACACAAAAACAUGUACAGUUGGAAACUCUGCAAUGUCACUGCAGGAACUGACUAUAUUCCUUGCCUUGACAAUGAGGAAGUCAUUAAGAGGCUUAUAACUACUAAACACUAUGAGCAUCGAGAAAGGCAUUGCCCUGAUGAUCCUCCCACAUGUCUGGUUCCUCUUCCUGAAGGAUAUACACAAUCAAUUCGAUGGCCACAUAGCAGGAACAAGAUAUGGUACUACAAUGUUCCUCAUACCUCACUAGCAACAAUAAAGGGCCAUCAAAAUUGGGUGAAAGUCUCAGGAGAAUUUCUUACUUUUCCUGGUGGAGGAACACAGUUCAAGCACGGAGCAUUACACUAUAUUGAUUUCAUUCAGGAGUCUGUACCUGGUAUAGCUUGGGGAAAGAAUAGCCGAGUUGUACUGGAUGUUGGCUGCGGAGUGGCUAGCUUCGGAGGUUUUUUAUUUGACAGAGAUGUACUUACAAUGUCAUUUGCUCCUAAAGAUGAGCAUGAAGCUCAGGUGCAGUUUGCUCUUGAAAGAGGAAUCCCAGCUAUGUCAGCGGUCAUGGGCACUAAAAGACUAUCUUUCCCCGGAAUGGUCUUUGAUGUUAUCCAUUGCGCUCGUUGUAGGGUUCCUUGGCACAUAGAAGGUGGCAAGUUACUAUUAGAGUUGAACCGUUUAUUGCGGCCAGGUGGCUACUUUGUUUGGUCAGCUACACCUGUUUAUCAAAAACUUCAAGGGGAUGUUGAGAUCUGGGAGGCCAUCUCAGAAUUGACAAAGUCCAUGUGCUGGGAUAUGUUGAACAAGACAAAGGAUAAAAUCAACCGAGUCGGCAUGGUAAUAUAUAAGAAACCUCUGAACAACGAAUGCUAUGAGAAAAGACCCGAAAGCAAUCCUCCCCUCUGUGAAGAUUCUGACGACCCCAAUGCAGCCUGGAACAUUCCUCUGCAAGCAUGCAUGCACAAGCUGCCUGUAGAUCGUGCUCUUAGAGGAUCGCAGUGGCCACAGCCAUGGCCACAGAGACUGGAGAAGGCACCUUACUGGUUGAAUGACUCACAGGUCGGAGUUUAUGGGAAACCUGCGCCCAAGGACUUUAUGACAGAUUUUGAGCAUUGGAAAUAUGUCGUAAACAACGCUUAUAUGAAGGGAAUGGGAAUUGACUGGUCUAUUGUGAGGAAUGUCAUGGACAUGAGAGCCAUAUAUGGAGGGUUUGCUGCAGCUCUGCAAGGGGAGGUGAAUGCCUGGGUCAUGAAUGUUGUCUCUAUCAAUUCCCUGGAUACUCUUCCGAUUAUAUACGAGCGUGGGCUCUUUGGAAUAUACCAUGACUGGUGUGAAUCGUUCAGCACCUACCCGAGAUCAUAUGAUCUGCUCCAUGCAGAUCAUCUAUUCUCCAGACUGAAGCAGAGGUGCAAAUUGUUGCCGGUUAUAUCUGAAGUGGAUCGCAUUCUGAGGCCACAAGGCAAGCUCAUUGUAAGAGACAGUGCAGAGGUAAUUGGUGAGGUUGAGGACAUAGCCAAAUCACUCAACUAUGAAGUCAAAGUGACUUCUUUGAAGGACAAUGAGGGUUUCUUGUGCGUCCAGAAGACAAUGUGGAGGCCAAAAGAAGUUGAGAUCAGUUCGCCAUCGCUGGCUUAGAGCAGAUGAAGAAUCAGAUAGAUAGAGAUGCCAAACCUAUUCAUUCUUUAUUCUUUAGUCAUUAGCGGUCGAGAUCAGAUCUCAGUCGGUUCGAAACGCUGACAAGGAGCUCCCCUCUAUAGAAUUUCCAUUCCUUGGACAGCUUAUUUUCCCCACUUUUUUUCUUCUUAUUCAUGUUAUUUUUUUCCAAAGAAAAUAGACUUUUUGUUUUUUUUUUAUCAAGACACAUGAUAUGGCAAUUUCAGAUUUUAUU